AUGUCGUCGUCCCAGAAGCCUCUGGCCCUCAUGGCUAUUAUUCAUCCUAAAACAGAGGAGAAGAGAAAACAAAUCCUCAGUCUUCUUCCCAAAGACUUCUUCCGGGCACCAGCAACCAACUGCACGACAUGGUGCUACUUGUCGCCGUCGACACGCAAGGGGGCACUCAAGGGCUUAUUCCCGCCAUCAUCGCCACCGAUAAUCAUCGGUUUGGAGAUCUACACAUCGCCGGCGUCGCUCGGAUACGUUCAAAAUGCUAGCGAGUUCAAGAGCUUCAUGGCUCAGGUGGAGAGCCAGGACCUCUAUGCAAAGGACGAAGAUCAAACCGCUUGGUACCCAACCGCCGGCUUCCUCGCCAGAAGCUCUACCCAAACUCCCCCAGCUGGCAUUGCCGUUCUAGCAAAGUUCGUGGCAAAGGAUGGUGCUGAGAAUACCAAAAAGUUGGUCGAGGUCCUUGGCAAUUACUGCAAUUGGGUUCGAGACAACGAACCAACCACCCUGACAUACUGUGUUCUCACACGACCCAAGGCCCCCAACGAGGUCUUGCUCUUCGAACGAUAUCAGGAUCUCGCUGCCAUUGGGGCCCACGGCAAGACCAAGGAAUUCAAAAAUAUGUUUAAAGGAACGGGUCCAUACCUCCAGGGCAAGCUCACGAGAUUGGAAGAAUUCGAGGAGAUUGAUGGCUCGUUUGUCUCGAAUCAGCCUGGUGGCGGCGCAUCACAGCCGAAAUUGUAGUCUGAACCUGUCAACCCGCCGGUAUCACACGGAUCACCACGGACCACAGACCACAGAUCACACAUGAACGUUCACAUUUUACAUCCGCAUUGACGUUGACGUUGAC